AAAAAAACAAUUUCGCUCAUCCCCGUACUUCACAUUUGCUUAGGGUUUUGGGACGCUGAUUGUUCCUCCAUUUUUCUGCUGAGUUCAUUUCUGUUUUCCAUCUUCAUCUCCUAAGCAUUCUAAAAGAUUCAGUCUCAGAAGCUUCGUUCCGAUUCAAUGGCGUCGAUGCUUCAAAAGCUUGUCAGAAAAUCGUCACCAACUAGACUAAUUGCUGCUUUGGGUACCCAGACCUCACAAAAUCCCUUAAAACCCUACAUUCUUCACCAGCCGCUUGAUUUUGAUAAGAAACCAGAUCGGCAUUGUGAUUCUAAUUUGAACUCUGUUUCUACUUCGGAUCUAUCUCACUUUCCCCUGUUUUACCCUAGUUUUCCAUUUGGGUUUUGCUUGCCACAAAUCUCCUCAUCUGGGAUGCUUCCGUUCGAGCCCGAUUUUGUUGAACAAGAUGAUUCUAGGAAAUUGUGGGCUGAUAGCGUGAAGAAGAAGAGGAAACGGAAGAUGAACAAGCAUAAGUACAAGAAGCUUAGGAAGCGGCUCCGAAGACAGACUUAGUUGCUUUAUUUGGUAAGACUAUAUAUUUUUAUAGUCUUGUAGAAUGGGCUAUAAGAAUUUCAUUUGAUAUUGUGCUCUAGAGGCAAAUUCUUGGAGAUUUUUGUUUCAAGCUCAAGAUUUUUACAGAACAGAUUUGCCUUUUAUUUUCCGGAAUAAGUUUGGAAUUGUUCUGUUAACCAAACGAUUCAUAUGAGUAAAAUAGUGAUGAUACAUUGUUGGUAGGGUUAUAUUGCAGAUUUUGUUUUCUGUUUGCUUCUCUUCUAAAAUUGGUACUGAUGUAAGAUGAAGGGUUGCUAUCUAGCUUAUUCCCCAUUGAAUCUCUGUAAUGCCUAAAUUUUCUGCUUAUACCAUUAAACACUGUGGUCUUGAAUUAUCAA